AUGACUCAUCAAGGAGAAGAUGGUGAAGCUGCUGAAGAAGAAAUCGAUGUCGAAACAUUGGAAUUACCACCAUUACCGGAUCAUAUCCAGGCACUUCUAACACCAAAAUAUCGACUCGUGAUCACUAAGAUCGAAAUUAACAAUUUCAAAUCAUUUGCUGGCCGUAUUCAACUUGAUCAAUUCGAUGAACAUUUCACAUGUAUUAUCGGACCUAAUGGUAGCGGUAAAAGUAAUGUGAUUGACUCGCUUCUCUUUGUCAUUGGUCAUCGUGCCUCGAAAAUGCGUGGUGCUAAACUGAGUACACUUUUACAUAAUAGUGCCGAAUGUCCCGAUGUGAAGAGUUGUUCGGUGACUGUACACUUUGAAGCAAUCGCUAUUGAAGGCGAAAAAGAGAAAAUACGUUUUUCUAUAACACGUAUCGCUUUUCCCGACAAUUCCAGUCAUUACAAAAUUAAUGAAAAACAAGUUUCAUUGAAAGACGUGACAAAGUUAUUACGCGAAUAUGGCGUGGAUCUUGAUCAUAGUCGAUAUUUAAUCCUUCAAGGUGAUGUCGAAUCGAUUGCAAUGAUGAAACCAAUUGCUGCCAACGAACACGAACAAGGAUUUCUUGAAUAUCUCGAAGAUAUCAUUGGUACAGAACGAUUCAAAAAGCCACUCGAAUUACUCAAUCUCAAAGUUGAAGAACUGAGUGCCAUGUGGGCUGAGAAGAAAAAUCGUGUCAAAGCUGCUCAAAGCGAAGUUCAACAACUGGACGGUCCGUAUCAACAAGCAUUAGACUUCAUCAAAUGUGAUAACGAUUACAAAUUAUCCAAAUCGAAAAUGCUGCAAUUGAAACGAUUUGAAUUAGGUGAUCAAGAAGUAGCUCUGACAGUUAAAUACACCGAUCGAGAAGAGAAAAUGAAAGAAUCCGAUGAACAAUGUUAUGCGAAGAAACAAUUAUGUAAACAAAGUCAAGACGAACUGAAUCGGUUACAAAAGUCGUUCGAUAAAAACAAUAAUGAACUGACUAAAUUGAAAAAGUCACUUGUUGACUAUGAAACUGAGGAUGGCACGAUUCGAAAUGAAAUCAAAACAAGUUUCGAUCAAGAAAAGAAAUACGAAAAACAAAAUGAACAAGAAACGACAAAAAUGAAAACAUGGGAAAAUGUGCCCGACGAGAAAACGACUGAAAUAAGCGAAGCUGAGGAGAAACUCAAAGUAGCAGAAGCUGAACAAGAAAAACUCGAAUUAGAAUUAAACAAAUUGAAACAAGAUUUGCUACCUCAAACAGAAGAAUGGCGAAAGGAAUUAACCGAAAAAACCAACAAGUGUCAUUGCUUCAAACAGGACAAAUACGCUAACAAGAAGAAAGAUUAUGAACUAGCACAAAAUCGUUUACAAUUGUUAUUAAGUGAAGAGGAACGACAUAAGAAUACAUUGAAUGAAAUGAAAAAUGAUCAUGAUAAUAAACAAAAGGAACUUCAAAUUAAACAAGAGAAGUUUCGAGAGAUUGAUCAACAACUCACCCAAACAGAAGGAUUACAUCGAGAAAAAGAACAAUUGUUGAAAGGUAUCGAAGAAGAAUAUACAGUUGUUGAUAAACGUUUCCGACAAAAUCAAUUGGAAUUAAACAAUAUGAAUUCCCAAAUGCAAACUACACAAAGUCGAGACAAAACAUUGAAUUUUCUUCUUGGACAAAAACAACAAGGAAAACUACAAGGGUUUCAUCAACGAUUGGGUUCUCUCGCUAAUAUCGAUAGUAAAUACGAUGUUGCCAUCUCCACUGCAGCUGGUGGUUAUCUUGAUUACUACGUUGUUGAUGAUGUCAAGAGUGGUGAAGCAGCAAAGAAUCUUUUGAAAGAACAUAAACAAGGUACUGGCAGUUUCAUUUGUAUGGACAAAAUGCUUCGUCACGCUCAACAAGCCAACCGUCGUUUUGAUGUUCCACAAUCGGCACCGAAUACUUAUCGUUUAUUUGAUUUGAUUGAUAUUAAUGAUUCAAUCUAUAGAAACACGUUUUAUUACGUUCUUCGCGAUACGCUAGUUGUUGACAAUAUCGAUGAUGCACAAAAAGUUGCAUUUGGCAGUCAGACACGCUAUCGUGUUGUCACUUUGAAAGGUGAAAUUAUCGAACAAUCGGGUACGAUGUCUGGUGGUGGAUCAUUUCAAGCUCGUGGAAAGAUGACACUGAAAUCAGCUGAUCAUCGUGCCUCGGCACGGCAAAGCGUAACGAUUGAUCCAGCGAAGAAAACUCAAUUAGAAAAAAGCGUGAAAGAGGACGGAGAAAAAUUGACUGAACUUGAACAACAACGUUUUCAAUUGACAACCGAAGAGAAACAAUUGCGACAAAAACUAGCUGAUGAAAAACGAAUGCAUGCACAAGUGAAAAAUGACCUCAAAAAUUUGCCGAAUCAUGUUGAAACAUUGAAAGCAUCAGUGGAAAAACAACAAAAACUUGUUGAGUCAAAGACGGUUUCCAUCAAGGAUCGUGAAAUUUACGAUGAAGAAUUGAAGAAAACAAAAGAAGAAUACGAUGCGGCAAAUGAUGAACUGGAAGAAUUAAAAGCAGCAAUCGAAGUUGUAACAAAACGUAUCAACGAUCAUAACAAACUGGCACUCGCAAAACCACAAGCUGAUCUCGACAGUGCAGUUAACGAAGUAAAAGAAUUACAGAAUGUAAUCGAUACAGCAAAUGUUGAGAUUACCAAUGCACGUCGGAAUUUGAAAAAGAGUCAAGAUAAAGUCAAAGCAAAUCAAGUUGCUAUCGAGCAAUUAUUGAAAAAACGUGCUGAUUUCAAUGCCCGAUUGGAAAAAUUGGAAGAAUUGGCCAAGAAUGCUGACGAGAAGAAAAAUGAGAUCGAAACCGAAUUGGAAGCUAGUAAACAAAACAUGACAGAAUUACGAGAAACAAUUCGUGUGACCGAAGCAGAAUUAGCAGAUAUUGAAAAAGAAAUUGUUCAUUUGAAACACGAAUAUGAAGUCGCACAAAAAGAAUUAGCUCAAUGUCGACACGAAAUAAGUGUCAUUGAUGUUGAGAUUAAUGGAUUACGUUUAAGUCAAGUUAUUGACGACGAGGAAGAUGUGUUGGAUGACAGUGCUUCGACAAAUUUUCUCAAAGAAAUUCCUAUUCAAAAAUACGAUCGUCCUGAUCUGGAUGUUUACACAAUGAAAGAUCUUGUUGCCGCAACAUUAGAACGAGAAAAUGAAUUGAAGCAAACCCAUUGUAACCUUACUGUUAUUGGUGAACAUCGUCGUGCUAAUCGGAAUUUAAAUCUUCGACAAAAAGAUCUACUGGAACUUGAAACACGUCGUGAUCAUAUCCGUGCAAAACGUGAUCAGUUCAAUGAACAACGGCAAACAGAAUUUCGUGCUGGAUUCGAUCAAAUUUCUCGUACACUAAAACAUAUUUAUCGAACGAUAACCGAUGGUGGUGAUGCCGAAUUAGAAUUCUGUUCAAGUAAUGAUCCGUUUGUUGACGGUGUUGAGUUGAGCAUUCGACCACCGAAGAAAUCAUGGAAACGCAUUUGUAAUUUAUCCGGUGGUGAAAAGACUUUGAGUUCAUUAGCCUUUGUCUUCGCUCUCCAUACAUUUCGUCCAACACCUAUCUAUGUUAUGGAUGAAAUUGACGCUGCACUUGACUUCAAAAACGUUUCGAUUGUCGGUCGAUUUAUUAAAGAACGAACAAAAAAUGCACAAUUUAUUGUCAUUUCAUUACGUGAGAAUAUGUUUACACUAGCUGAUUAUCUUAUUGGUAUUUACAAAGUGAAUAAUUGUUCUCAAACCGCAUCACUUCGUCCCGCACUAUUUGCUAAGAAAUUAGAAGAACGAAAGAAAUCUCAUCUCAUGUCUUCACAAGAGCAAACGAAUCCUAGCGAAACUCACGAUGAACAUGACGUAACCAUGACUGAACAUACGGAGCCACUUAAUUCGUAUGAUCCUCAUAGUACAAAUGAUCGACUGAAUCAUCAGCAGAAUAUGGCAACUAAUACAAGCGUACCGCCAUGUGAUUACGACAUGGUAGACUUGUCAGAAGACGAUAAAGCUGCAGCACAAAAGUAUCUGAGUGAAAAUGGAGUUCGCGGAAUUGAAGGUUUUCUUGCCGAACGGUUAGAUGCCUGGAGAAAAUGUCCGUUACAUAUUGCAAUCACUGGUGAUUCAGGAGCAGGGAAAUCGACGUUGAUCAAUACACUGCGUAAUCUUCGUGCUGAGGAUGAAGGCGCGGCGAAGGUUGGUGUAGUCGAAACAACCCGAAUUGUCCAAUCCUAUUCACAUCCCAGCUAUCCAAAUCUUGUUUUUCAUGAUUUACCAGGUGUUGGAACAUUAGAAUUUAAAAAAUCUACUUACGUUGACCAAGUAAAUCUCUCUCGUUAUGAUUUUUUCUUAAUCGUUUCACGAACACGUUUCACCGAAAAUGACUUAUGGCUUGCAAAUGAAAUCAAACGAAUCGGCAAACGCUUUUUCUUCAUACGUACAAAUAUUGAUCAAGAUUUAUACAAUGAAAAAGUUGAUCAUCCCAAGAAUUAUAGUGAAACAUUGAUACUGCAGCGAAUUCGAGAAAAUUGUCUUACUCACAUUCGAACAGUUGACGACAAUGCCAACGUUUUUCUUAUUAGCGGAAGACUCAAUUAUACCUCUCGAUUUGAUUUCCCUAAAAUGUGUUCGACACUUUUACAAGAUUAUCCUGGUUUGAAACGUCAUGCUAUGAUUUUAGCAAUGUCAACGAAUUGUAAAGAAGUGAUCCGAGCAAAAGUUGAUGUUCUCCGUAGUCAAACAUGGGUAGCAGCAGCUGUUAGUGCUGCAGUUGCCACUCCGCCUAUACCUGGUCUUAGUGUGAUGUUCGACUUUUCAUUGACCGUUGGCUUCGUCUUGUUUUACAAGAAACAAUUGGGCUUAGAUGAUGAAUCGCUGACACGAAUUGCUCAAGUUCAUCAUAUACCAGUAUAUGUUAUACAAGAUGAAUUGCAAAAAAUCUUACCGGCACACUUCUUUACUGCUGUGCCUGAGUUCGUUGUGUCUCUAGUGAAAAAACAAGCAGUUGGAACAGCGACUGAAGAAGUUCUUCGAUAUGUUCCCUAUGUGGGUUCCGCUAUUUGCGCAACUGUCUCCUUUACGAUUAUCCUCUCUGUUUUGAGAAAUCUGUUAAAUGUUAUGGAGAAAGCGGCUUUAGCCUUGAUCGAUAUCGUGGCAGAAAGAAGCGUCAGCGACGAUGAGGAUGACGAUAGUCCUAUUUAA